AUGCGGCCGGCCUUCGUCGCAUUUGAUACGACUGGCACGGCAAUUCAGGCAGAAGUUGAUCACGACAACAAGUACAUCGAAUAUCUCGGCUGGACCUUUUACACUCGCUUCGACAAGGAUGUGGGGGUACAAUUCUACGAAGUUUAUUUCAAAGGCGAGAAGAUUUUUUAUGAGCUGGCACUUCAAGAUGCAGUUUGCUCAGUGAGCCGGGUCAUCCCUGGUUAUGACUGCCCUUACGGCUCAACCUACUUCAAUGUUACCUACACCGAAGACACCGAGAUCUACGAGGUGCCCAACGCGAUUUGCAUUUUCCAAACCGAUAUAGGGUAUGUACAGGCCAAUUACUACCGUCCGGAUGACAACGGUCUCUGGGGACCCUGUAUUCAGGAGACCAUCGCCGGUACCUUACACACCCACGUCAUGAACUUCAAGGCCGACUUUGACUUAAUCAACCCCAACAAUACGUUCUAUAAGGUUGAUAUCAUCGUGGAGAAUAUUACCCAACCGUGGUUCCCAGAGAGAGGGACCUUUGAGAUGAUGCGGUACAAUAUUACUGAAUUGCAAACUGAAGACGAGGGUCUACUGCCCGUCCCUGCUAAUGGUCAGAGUAUGUACACGAUCGCCAACAAGGACGCCUUAAACGAAUGGGGCAAUCCGCGUGGAUACCGCAUUCUUCCUGACCUUUCAAAUGUUGUCCUAGCAUCUAAACUAUCGCCAUUCUUUCUGAAGUCUGCCGAGUAUGCGAAGCAACCCUUCGCCAUCUCCCGACAUCACGAUACGGAGCCCGCUGCCUCAGCCGGUCUCGGCCAAAACGUUCCCGAGGCCCCGUUGGUUGAAUUUUGGAAAUUCUUUGACGGAGAAAGCCUUGUGCAGGAGGAUAUUGUCGCUUGGGUCAAUCUUGGCAUGCACCACUACACACGUGCCGAGGAUAUCCCCAACACCCUGAUGAGCGAGGCCCAUUCCAACACCUUCUUCGCGCCGCAGAAUUGGGGAAACACCGAGCUGACCAAAGACCUGGCUAAUUCCAUCAUCUUCGAAGCCAAUAGCAAUGAUGAUUUCGUUCCUUACACCAACGAUGUCGAGCCACCAAAUUGCAUGGCACUCUUGCCGUCCGACACUCUUCCCGGUGUCUUUACCAGCUGA